CAGGUCUCGGGCCCUCAGGCGGAGCGGCGGGCGCCGGACCCCCAGGUGGAGCGACAGGUCUCGGGCCCUCAGGCGGAGCGGCGGGCGCCGGACCCCCAGGCGGAGCGACAGGUCUCGGGCCCUCAGGCGGAGCGGCGGGCGCCGGACCCCCCAGGUGGAGCGACAGGUCUCGGGCCCUCAGGCGGAGCGGCGGGCGCCGGACCCCCAGGCGGUGCGACAGGUCUCGGGCCCUCAGGCGGAGCGACAGGUCUCGGGCCCCCAGGCGGGGCGGCGGGCGCCGGACCCCCAGGUGGAGCUGCGGGCGCUGGACCCCCAGGCGGAGCGACAGGUCUCGGGCCCCCAGGCGGAGCAGCGGGCACCGAGUCACCAGGCACGACAGUGGGCUCCGAGUCAACUGGCAUGACCGCUGGCACUAGGUCAGACAUUGGAUCGUCUGGCUGGACAGCGGGCAUCGGGUCACCAGGCAUCAGGUCAUUUGGCUCGACAGCGGGCACCGUGUCAUCUGGCAAGGCAGUGGGCUCCGAGUCAACUGGUAUGACCGCGGGCACUGGGUCAGACAUUGGAUCGUCUGACCGGACAGCGGGCAUCAGGUCACCAGGCAUCAGGUCAUUUGGCUCGACCGCGGGCACCGCGUCAUCUGGCAAGGCAGUGGGCUCCGAGUCAACUGGUAUGACCGCGGGCACUGGGUCAGACAUUGGAUCGUCUGACUGGACAGCGGGC